CACACAGAUGCGAGUGCUCAUCCUUGAGAGGCUUGUCGGCCUGGAACUUCAGGCACUGCAUGUGGAGCAGACCGCAAACUCCCUUGAGAUUAUUAAUUAAAAGACAAGAAAACAUAAUUUCUAAAUUUACGCACACUUUCACACACACACACACAGAAGGGGGUUCGGGAAUUUAAACCUUUGCCUUUUCCUUCGUUGUUUUUUGUUCAAAUUGUUGCACACGCGGCGACAGCAGCAGAAACGGAAGCGACAGGAAGACAGAGAGAGACAGGGAGAGAGAGGAAGAGCACGUGGCUGGCUGUGUUGCACAACACCGUGUUAUAAAUGCAGUUAGUUAUGCAAACGUUGUGCAACACUGGCCAGCCUCUCUGUCAUUCACAGGCUGGGCUGUACCAAUCCUACCUCCCCGCCCGGCAAACUUUUUCACAAUGGAUCGCGCAACAAAUACGAAUAGAAAUCCGCUUUACGCAUCAAUUCUGGAGCCGCGCAGACGCCGCGUCAUAUUCGAGCUGGCGGUCGCACCGGAGUCGCACAUCUCCCCCCGGCCCGAGGACAACGGUGCCGCGUUCCGCCGUUUCGUGCUGGACGUGCCGAAUCCGCUGGACAAGCGGCUGCUGAUCGUCUCCCUGUUAAAUGGGCCGGCCGAUGCCAACUUUCGCUCGCUGAUGGUCGAGCUGAAUGGCGGCCUGCAGGAGGUGCUGCGCGCCGAGGCUGAGGCCGAGGCUGCAAAAGAGGAGGCUGCCAGAGUUGCCAGACCGAUUCAAAUUGCGUACAAGGAGACGAGCGUGACACCCGCGCUCGAGCUGGAGGGCGGCUCGAGCACAGACACCUCCUCCGAGACGGAGCACUCCCAUUAAUAGCAGACAUCCAAAUACCCUAUGCAAUAAACGUGCUGGCACUUGUCUGCGAUUGAUACGCAAA